AUGGCUGACAAUGUCGCAAUGCUAAUGGCCGAUGCGCCGCAAGAGAAAGUGCAAGUGCGGAUUUCGACUCGAGACCAGAGCAUAGCUCUACCGGAAGACCCGGGCACAACCGUCGUAUCCUCCAGUUGGAAGCGUCUCCAGCUUUCAAGCCUCGUCAACAGCCUACAACAGAACGAGCGGCCCGUACCAUACGAAUUCCUCAUCAAUGGCCGAAUCCUUCGCACGACACUGGAUGAGUUCCUUACCAAGAAUGGGAUAUCCACCGAAACCGUCCUCAGCGUCGAAUAUAUUCGCGCCCUCAGCCCGCCUACCCACGUUGCCUCCUUUGAGCAUGAUGACUGGGUCUCCUCCGUCGACAUCAUAUCCUCGACCUCCCCCGCAAGUACUUGGCGCACGAAGCCUACUAUUUCGCAAGGUCAAGCACGUAUCUUGUCUGGCAGCUACGAUGGCCUACUACGUCUAUGGGAUACCACAAACGCAUCCGAGCCCCUCGCCAUAUCUAAACUCCCACUCAGCUCUCGCGUUACCUCCAUUAAAUCCGUGAAAUUCUUGUCUCCUAUACGUCUCGUGUCCGCAGGCCUUGACGCAGUCUUGCGAGUAUGGAAAUAUGACCCAGAUCAUUUAACGAUCGAACCCACUCUCGAGCUUUACGGCCACAAAUGGGCUGUUGAAUCUCUUGCUGUCCAUUCUCCAUCAUCACACAUUCUUUCGGCAUCCUCCGACCACACCCUUGGCCUCUGGAGCACGAGCACAGACUUAGCACCUGCGGCCCCUGAAUCACUUAUCUCUAAAUCGAUCAAGCGACAGAAAGUUUUCGCGUCACAACAGCAAGGUGAAUCCCCAGAGCAGAGAGGCCCAUUGUCCUUACUCUGUGCACAUACCGCUCCCGUGUCUUCCGUGAUAUUCUCCCCUGCAGACCCAACGGCUGCAUACUCGACCUCCCAUGACCACACAUUGCGCACGUGGGAUCUGGCCACUUCAACACCUGUUUCUUUACGCACCACGAAUUCGUCAUUACUAAGCUUAACGACGCUACCAACACUAUCCCUGCUCGCGGCAGGCUCAUCGGCGCGACAUAUCACGCUGAUCGAUCCGCGCGAGUCGACGGCCACAAUUGCGGCGGCAACGCUUAGAGGACACACGAAUUCUGUUGUUGAUCUGGCGGCAGACCCGGAGAAUGAGCAUCGGCUGGUGAGUGCCAGUCAUGAUGGGACUUGUCGGGUGUGGGACGUGCGGAAUGUGAAGACAGCAGGAAGCGAUGUUAGGAGCGUACAAGUGGGCGAAAGUGUAUACACGAUCGAUCGGGAGAGCAUGAAGCAGAGGAGCAAGAGAGCUGUUGCUGGUGAUGGAGUGAAAGUCUUUGGCAUAUGCUGGGACCGAGAGGUUGGGAUUGUGAGCGGUGGGGAAGAUAAAAAAGUGCAAAUUAACGCCGUGCUGAAACCAUGA